AUGACUGAGUUUCCAAGCACUCUUUGUUUGACACGUGGCAUCAAUGCAAUCUUCAUUCUAUGGUCUCAAACCAUUCAACAAGCAAAUCCAAACGAUGUCAAAUUCUGUACACUCGGCAACACUAUAAAGGCAAACCAGUUCUCAUUUCUUUUCCGCUCAAAACACAACAGCAUACUGUGCUUGCAGGCAACCAGGAGUGCCCCCCCUCUGUCACUCACACUAGAACACAACCGUCCGAUCCGCGAGAGAUCAUGGCCACUGCUGUCUCUACCAUUGGAUCUGUCAACAGAGCACCGCUGAACCUGAAUGGCUCUAGCAGCAGUGCUUUAGUUCCAAUCUCAACCUUUUUGGGAAGCAGCUUGAAGAAAGUGAACUCAAGGUUCACCAACUCCAAGGUUUCCUCUGGAAGCCUCAGGAUUGUCGCGAGUGUGGACGAAGAUAAGCAGACCGACAAGGACAAAUGGAAAGGCCUUGCCUUCGACACCUCCGACGACCAACAAGACAUCACAAGAGGAAAGGGUAUGGUGGACUCCCUCUUCCAGGCACCUCAAGGAACAGGAACUCACUUUGCCAUCAUGAGCUCUUAUGAAUACAUCAGCACGGGGCUUCGCCAGUACAACUUUGACAACAACAUGGACGGUUAUUAUAUUGCUCCCGCUUUUAUGGACAAGCUUGUUGUUCACAUCACCAAGAACUUCAUGACCCUUCCUAACAUCAAGGUUCCUCUCAUCUUGGGUAUUUGGGGAGGCAAAGGUCAGGGCAAGUCUUUCCAGUGUGAGCUUGUCUUUGCCAAGAUGGGAAUCAGCCCUAUCAUGAUGAGUGCCGGAGAAUUGGAAAGUGGAAACGCAGGAGAACCCGCGAAGCUGAUCAGGCAAAGGUACCGUGAAGCAGCCGACAUUAUCAGGAAGGGUAAAAUGUGUGCACUCUUCAUCAACGAUCUUGAUGCAGGAGCUGGUCGGCUUGGUGGAACCACCCAAUACACUGUCAACAACCAAAUGGUGAAUGCCACCCUCAUGAACAUUGCUGAUAACCCGACAAACGUCCAGCUUCCAGGUAUGUACAACAAGGAGGAGAACCCCCGUGUCCCAAUCAUUGUCACCGGUAACGAUUUCUCAACAUUGUACGCUCCUCUCAUCCGUGACGGCCGUAUGGAGAAAUUCUACUGGGCUCCCACCCGCGAAGAUCGUAUUGGAGUCUGCAUUGGGAUCUUCAGGAGCGACAAUGUUGCUAAGGAAGACAUUGUCAAGCUUGUUGACACCUUCCCAGGCCAAUCUAUUGAUUUCUUUGGUGCCUUGAGGGCUAGGGUUUAUGAUGAUGAAGUGAGGAAGUGGAUUACGGGUGUUGGCGUGGAUAGCAUUGGGAAGAAGCUUGUGAACUCAAAGGAAGGACCCCCAACUUUCGAGCAGCCGAAGAUGACCAUCGAAAAGCUCCUCGAGUACGGAAGCAUGCUUGUCCAAGAGCAAGAGAAUGUGAAGAGAGUUCAAUUGGCUGAUAAGUACUUGAGCGAGGCUGCUCUUGGUGAUGCUAACUCAGAUGCUAUGAAUACAGGAACUUUCUACGGCCAAGCAGCGCAGCAAGUGAAUGUUCCAGUUCCUGAAGGUUUCAGUGAUCCAACAGCAGAAAACUUUGAUCCAAUGGCUAAAAGUGAUGAUGGAAGUUGCUUGUACACAUUUUAAGUCGUUUUCUUUUAGGUUAUAAUUGAGGGGAGGGUGGAAGGAGAGAAGCACUUUGUAAGGAUGUUAAGGGUAAAAGUAAAAAAAAAAAUUUUGUCUUCCUAUGUCGGAUUGGUGUCAUGUAAUCUUGUAUUGUAAUGUACACUACGCAAUCUUAGUAGGCGCUCUUCUUCUUUCUUCC